AAUUUCCUAUUUUCGAAGUCACAUCCCGCCAAUGUCUGAUUGGUGAUCGAAGCUGCAAGGCUGUCGCAGCCUUGUGGAAAUUAUGAUGUGGCGAACUACUCGACUCGAAUUGAAUCCAUGCUGAACUUGCCUUGCCCUGCAUUUAUCGCCAGCAAUUGCGCAUCGGUCUCACCUCUUCGACGGUUCUUCUCGGUCGCUCUCCUCUUGGUUCCUGGCUCCGAGCCAUUUCACUCGCCAUGGCCGACUCCAAGGAGCCCUCCGUGCCAUCUCAAGCUGGUUCUGACUUGCUCCAGCCAUCCGACUCCAAGGAGCCCUCCGUGCCAUCUAAAGCUGGCUCCGCUUUCCUCCCAUCUGACACAUGGUCCGCUCGAUUCAAAAACUUCUACCGCAUGGCGGUUGGUACGAUGUCAGAGGAAGGUGUAAAGGCAUACUGGGAUGACGCCGAUCGACGAUUUGCAAAAAUAGACUGCAAACGCUGUGAAGACCAAAGGGAUUAUUUGUUGAAAUUCUCCCCGAUCAUACGGUACAUGAAGGACAACAUACAAAAACUGGGCGGAGAUGUUGGGUCUCACAACAUACGGUGUCGCUCAUGCAGAGGAGGAGGAUUAGGAGGGUUCGACCACGAAUAUGGAAUUGUGCUUUGCGCCAAUCGUCUUGAACAGAGAAGCAUGCUCGAAGAUGUCAUGGCUCAUGAAAUGGUGCAUGCCUAUGACCAUCUGCGAUUCAAAACGAGCAUCAGUGAGGAUGAUGAUUUGCGUCACAGUGCUUGCUCAGAGGUAAUCACACACCCCAUGAUUGACUUUCUUCAUGCUGAAAACCCACAGAUUCGAGCGAGCAACCUCAGCGGCGAAUGUCGGUGGUCAAACGAGUUCUUUCGCAAUCACGUCGGAGCAUUUACAAAUCACCACCAAGACUGCGUUCGGCGAAGAGCCGUAGAGUCGAUGAGAAAACGACCAGGCAUCAAAGACGACGUACACGCGGUCAAGAUUGUCAACGAGGUUUGGGAUAGUUGCUUUAGAGACACGAGGCCCUUCGACGAAAUAUACCGGUAAUCUGGGGAUUCCAUUCAAUGACGGUCAUUUUUAGACAGCGUGGUGUUGAGGCGUUAUCCCAGCACAUGGGAUAUGAUAUUUAUGAAGAGCAAACCAGAAACUCCA